AUGACUUCCUACAACUCAUCUUAUUUGUAUUAUGGACAAAAACUACCAACACAAAUGUAUCCAGUGGCUCCUCAAAUACAUAAUCCCUUUCAACGACCUGGUCAACUAGGCUUUCUUAUGACAGCAGAAGAAGCUGCAAUUGCAGAACAACAGUCUAUAUACUCCUCAGAAAAUAGAGAAAAUGCAAAACUUCGUAAUCAAGCACGGUGGCAAGGAAAAGAAAAACGGAUUACAGUGUUACGUGAAGGAGGAGGAACUGUAUGGGAAGAUCCAAGUCUUCUUGAAUGGAACCCAGCACACUUUAGACUCUUUGCUGGAGAUCUUGGUGGAGAAGUUUCAGAUGAAACACUGUUUAAGGCUUUUCAACAUUAUAGAAGUCUUAGCAAAGCAAAAGUUAUUAGGGAUAAAAAAACAGGGAAAAGUAAAGGUUACGGAUUCGUUGCAUUUAAGGAUCCGGAUGAAUUUGUAAGAGCAUGGAGAGAAAUGAAUGGUAAAUAUAUUGGGUCUCAUCCAGUAAAACUACGUAAAGCAAAUACAGAAAUUAGAGCAGUAUCUAUCCAUCAAGAAAAACUAGAACAAAAGAAAAGAGCAAGCAGGUAUGAACAAGAAAAAAUACAAAGUGGAAGGAUAAGUAAAAAAAAAGUAAAAACAAUAAAACGAUAA